GGGGUGCCUGGGAACCAGGUUUUUACGCCGCUCACCUAGCAUCUUUUUGACACUGACUUUCAAUUAUUUAGGAACUGGGCUGUCCCCUUUUUGAGGGUUAUUCAGGCGUCUGCCUCAUUGAGACCACCCACCUGUAUUUCUGAGCUCUUCCCUGCUUAUUCUCAGGAAUUUUCACUGCAAAUAUGGCCUCUUUUAAUAAAUGUAUCAAGCCCAUGAUUGAACAAUUGGACAAAUUUAAUCCUGAAGCUGACAGUCCUGAGCAUGUCCUAGAAGAGAUGUCUACCAUCUUGCAGACUCUCAAUAUUAAAGAUGAAAGUUUCAUUUUGGAAGUUCUCUCUGGAUGUCUUGAAUACAAGAAGUUACUGGAAGUGGUAGUCACUGCAUUUUAUGCACAUGCUGGGAAGAAGUUUCUGUGGUCUGAUUACAAUCUCUUUAUAGUUAUUUGUUAUCUGUCUACUUUUUGCCUGGAUAAAAUUGGUCUCCAGCCCUUCAGUAAAAUUAUCAAGUCUCUGGACAGUGUCAAAAUGCAUAAGUUUCUCCAGUUUUUCUUCAACAUCAUGAAUUUGACCACAUGGAUAAAAGAUGAAUGGAGUUUAAUCUACGAUGCCUCUUACGUAAAGGAGACCUGGAUUGAGCCAUUGUUGAAAUGGGAACCAGAAAUACAAACGCUGAUCAAAUACCUGAGUAAUAUAAUAGAGAACAAGUCAGUCCUGCACAUAGAGAACCCAAAGUUAACCAAGCCAAAGGAGUUUAAUUUGACUGUCCCAAAGCCCCGAGGCAUUCUAAUUCCUGAUGUACUUCCUGUUCUGAAGAAGCCAGAACCAGUACCUCGGAGCACGUAUAACCAUCCAAGAAUACAGAAAGAACUGGGCAUAAUCAAGCAAAAGAAUCGUCGAAGGGCAGAGGCAUUACUUCUGAAAGCAAACAUGGAUACAUAUAGUUGUGCAGUCACCAGACAAGAAAAAAGAGAGGAAACAGAAUUGAAUCAGCUACCUGAUUAUAAGUUCAAGGCAUCCAGAAAAACCAAGUCAAAACUUCCAUUGGUCUUCUAUAAGCCUGACAACAUCCCUGUGAAACUCAAUGCCGCAGCACUCUACAGAGAGGAGGCCCUGUACCAACGUAAAGCAGAGAAGGAGCUUCACAGGAUUGAAGAACUCCUGCAAGGACACAAAGGCUUCUCAGAAUUCAUAGAGCGUCAAAAGAAAAUACAAGAGAAAGAGUUAGAGGAGAAGCUGGCUAAGACUGAGCACCAGAUUCUACUGGGGAAGCUAAGCCUGGAAGAAGCCAUUAUGCAGUAUCAGAACCUGAUUAAAGAGAACAGUAAGAAAGCCAGUCAGAAGAAAGAAAUGAUAGCAAAGCUGAAGAACGAAUACAUGAAGCAGUGCCUUAAAGAAAAAAAGAAAAGGAAAAAAAUUAUUGACCAAGUGACAGAGGGACACAAAAAUGUGAAGACUGUCCAAGCGAAGCUGCGGAAAACCAAGCAGCAAUUGGCCCAGGAAGUGGCUCAGGAGAUCAAGCAACUACAUGAGAAGAGGCUGGAGACUGUCAAUGAAGAUAACAAGAGAAAACGGGAACGGAUCCAUGAACUCCGAUCAAUUGAGUCUCUUCCUGUGAUAAAGUACCAGUUUAUUGACUUUACCAAGGAUGCUGGUCAUGGUCUCAUUGGGGAAAUGUCCUUGGUAGAACUUCAGGAGCGACUGCUGUUGCUGAAGCAACAGCAGAAACGAGAUGAAGAAGAGAAGCGGGACCAGAUCAUCCGGGAAAAGCAAGCUAAGAUGAAUAAGCUUCUGGAAAAGGCUGAACAGAUUGCUAUGUGCCGAGAAGCCUGUGGGAGAGCAGCAGCAUUAAAGAUUGAGGAAAAAAAAAGGCUCGAAUUCCACACACCCAAAGCUGUCAGUCAAGAUGAGCGCAAUUUACAGCUAAAGAAGAAAAUCCAGGAGAUGAUGGCACAGAGGCGACAGCAGGUUGAUAGCCUGAAGGCCAGACCCCAGAAGGCCAAGCCAGAGCUAGAACCAUGGCUCAGGCCCAAGACUCCUUUUGAAGAACGCCACUGGAAAAUAUUGGAGGAGAGCCGGGAAAAAGUUUACAAGAAACUCCAGAGAAACACAGCUACCAGAGCAGCAGAGCAGAGAGAGGAGUACUAUGUGUCAGCCCUGAGUGGAGCUCAGCCUUGCAUCCUGAGGUCUUAAAGUGCCAAAUACUUUGUUCUGCCCACAGUCCCCUGGGAGCUAGACUGCCGCCCCGGGGGAUUUGGAUACACAGUGAAGAUAGCCAAUUGGCCUUCCAAGAAGCCUGGUUCCUAG